AUGACCACGACUCAGGCUAUCACUAGCACGAUUAAUCAUUCUGCGUUCAAGCUUGUAGGUCCAUAUGGAGAUUGGAGAGAUGAACUUCAAUCCCAAGGGUUUGUGGUCAUCAAAAGUGCGAUAGCGCUUGAAAAAGCGCAGUAUUAUCGACAGAAGGCCUUCGAGUGGCUUCAAUCCUUCAAUCCAAGCAUUGACUUCAAUGAUCCAUCCACAUGGGCAGAUCAAGAUCUUCCAGUGCACGGCAAAGCGAACAACUUCACUGGUUAUUCUGUGGUCCAUGAAAAGUUUAUGUGGGAAGCACGGAUGGAGACUAAAGUUUUGGAGGCAUUUGCCAAGAUAUGGGGUACUGAUGAGUUAUUGGUGUCCUUCGAUGCUCUCAACAUUACCUUGCCCAACCAAGAAGACAAGCCAGUGACGAAGCCUUGGCCACAUGUUGAUCAAUCGCCUUUUCGCCGAGGACUCCACUGCGUCCAGGGCAUCAUCAACCUCAGCCAUGCUGGCCCUGAAGAUGGCUCGUUGAUUCUUCUGCCAAAGUCAAGUGCUCUGUCCGAUGAAUUCUUUGAUACGCAAGUCGAUGAAUCAACUUGGCUCAAGAAAGACUUUCGAUUUUUCAGCGAGGAGGAAAUGAAAUGGUACGAAGCGCGCGGAAUCAAGCCUAUCAAGGUUCUCGCGGAGCCUGGCGACUUAAUUCUCUGGGAUUCGCGGACCGUGCACUGGGGUGGAGAGCCUACGUCUCAAAGUCGAAAUAUUCGGACUGUGAUCUAUGCGUCUUAUUCCCCGGCGAGUCUGGCUACAGAAGAAACCCUGGCGCGCAAGAAGGAAGCAUUUGAAUCAUUUCGAGCUACCACCCACUGGCCCCAUGACAACGUUGUUCUCCGCGACAAUACCUUUCACCUGCCAGAUGGCACUGUUGAUCCUCGCAAUCGUUGCAAACCUUUGGAAGAGCCAAAGUACACAGACCAGCUGCUUCGACUUGCUGGAGCGAAGCCGUAUUGA